AAAACUUCACAAAGUAUUUGACAUUACAAAAGCAACAUGUAUACUAUAACAUUCGCGAUGCUUGCGUUCUUUUGUGCUUAUUUGGCGGAUAACACAAUAGGCUUUAGGGUUGGAGGUCUAAGUGAACUUAAAGAUGCAACCCCAAAAACCCAGCAGCUCGUAGACUCAGUGCGAGAUGAUAUCAUUGGACAGCUUCCUCUGGGAUACGACAGAGAGCAGCCGUUAAAGCUGAAAUCUAUCUCGUACAGAGAACAAAUAGUUGCGGGGUUUAAUUACUUUAUAAAGAUUGAGACAGGAUGGAACCGAUACAUUCACGUUAUAAUCUAUGAGGACCUUCGCGGGAAGACUGUACUAACGGGCAUAGAGCUACAGAAAUCUCUGUCUGACCCCAUUGAAGUCUUCGAUACAAACGUGCGAGAUGAGAUUAUUGGUCAGCUCCCUCUGGGCUACGACAGAGAGCAGUCCUUGCAACUUAACGCCGUGUCAUACAGAGAACAGGUUGUCGCUGGAAAGAAUUAUUUCAUCAAGGUUGAGACCGGAUUCAACAGAUACAUCCAUGUCAGGAUCUACAAAGACCUGAGAGGCGAUGCUUCCGUCACAAGAGUACAGUUAGAGAAGACUCUCUCUGACCCUAUUGAAUUCUUCUAAAGAAACCGUGAUUAAAAGUUAUAGCCUUGAUUAUUUAUGCCGUAAAUAAAAUUGGACAACUACAGUUACAGCCACUUUUUGUUUAUAAGGACUUUAAGCCAUAAGUGCUCUUGGUCAAACAUCAGCUGUUUGAUUUUGACCAGUUAUUCUAAAAUGUUUUUAAAAUGUAUUAAAAACAUUGCAACUAAAUAAUGUAAAAAAAAAAACAUUUAG